UCUUGAAGACCGCACGCACCCGGCCGCAUUUCGCGCGCAAUUCGAAUUUCGAACUAAUUUAAAUAAUACGUUCCCCAUUCGGCCAGUAUUGUGUUUGAAAGUGUAAAAUCGUGAAAACGAGGUUUAAUCAAAAUUUUAAGUGAUAUUUUAUCGAGUUUUGUUCCGUUUCUUUUUAAUUUAAAUUUCGAGCAAGUGGUUCGGAUUAAAGUUUAUGAUUACCACCUCACAGUGUUAGUUAAGAGUGCUAGUGUAAUAAAAUAAAAGUGCUGUGAUAGUGUAUUGAUAUAAAUAAAAAAUGCGGCUGGCGUGAGCAUUAUCCGCGAAACGUGUGCUUCGUUCGAAGGCACAACGAGGACUGCGACGAAGCAGCGAUGGCUAGGCCUGAAGUUGUGCGAUGAGCCGGCGGACGAGGAGGAGGGGAUGGACGAGCCUAGCGCCGCCAAGCGGCCAUCGGUGCUAACUAUCGACCGAGCCGCGUUUCUCCUCUUGAGGGUUAAGCGAGCCUUUAAGAAGAAGCGUCAGCAGAGGAAGGAGAAACAUGCGGCAGCGGCAGCGGCGGCGGCGGCGGAGGCGUUGGGGGGAGGCGGGCGUCGUGCGCCUCCCCCCUUGCUGCGCUCGCGCACGCUGCCCGCCAUCAUCGCGCCGGGUUUCUCCAUCCUACAAGCUCAGAUCGACCCCCAGAGGACUAACGACUUUACACAAAGCCAAAUGCUCUGCCGCGGGGUGUCCGCUCACAAGGUGUGCGGGCUACGUGCGCACGCGCCGCGCAUUUCGUUCACCAGCAAGGACGAGCCCGAGCUGGAGCUGCGGCGCAAAUCCGCUAGCAGCCGGCUCGGCAGUUCGCCGCGAGCAAGCAUUGCCAAUGAAGAAAGAGAUGGGCUUGCGUUACGAAUACCAACGCCACGUGGUUCUGUGUCAAGCACGGGCAGUUCGACGGGGUCGCGGCUGACUCGGCUGCUGACCCAAGGGGUUCGCGGCACCCCAGAUGAUGUUGCUAUAGAUGCACCCCGCCGACUCAGCUGGGAGCGACGCGAUUCUGCCGGCCAGUUACCGCGGUCAGCCAGCAUCGACUCCAUGGUGGAAGCAGCCAUAUGCGCCAGGCACUCCGAACCCUGCCAGUCCACCACCCUCCAACUACCCAGAGCUGAUCGGGCCUUCAGCCUCGCGUCUCCAGUGGUCGGCAGGAGAGCCAAGUCACAGAGAGGCCAGGCUGAACUCCAGUACGGCGCGCUGCUAGAGGGGUGCGGGGGGGAGCUGCCCUCGUUAAGUGCAUGCGCGCCGCUCCCCCCGCACCUCGACAAGGCAACUCGACGGCAACAAAAAGAUGCGCGUGCGCACCAAGACAAAAUCGCACAAGUUAACAUACAUUUACAGGCUUUGUUCGCGGCGGUUGAACACGGAUACCUGGAUAAGGCUAGGAAUAUUCUGGAGUCUACAGACGUCGACGUCAACAGCCUCAAUGCUGACGGGCUAUCACCCUUGGACGUGGCGGUGCUGGGCAGCAACCGGCAACUAGUCAAGAUGCUGAUGGAGUUCGGGGCCAAAGAGGGUACACAAUUCAAGACCCCUGAAGCCCUAGGCGCCCACCUCCGGAGGCUGGCGCGGGAGGCGGAGGCUCGGCUGCAUGAGGUGGUCGGCUGUGCCCAGGAGAGGAGCUGCCGGGACGACUGCACCAGGUCAUCAGCCAGUGGGCAAGCAGGCACGACCGGUUGCGCGGGCGGCGCGGGCGCAGAGAAAGACAAGCAGGCCCAGCAUUGGGAGAGGAGGGUGCGGACGUUGAAGCGUCUGGUCCUCGGUUGGCAGCAGUCUCGCGCCCCUCCCGCACCCCCUCCACCAGACCUAGAAGUUUGUGGGUCCCAUGCCGUCACUGUCAGACUGAAAGAUGCAAAAGGUGUCGCCCAGAAAGACCCGCCGAUCGUGACCAAAUAUAGAGUGGAAUGGUCAUCCCGCGCGGAUUUCUCCAACGUGUGCGGUACACGGGACGUCCCGUUGGCCGGCACUAACAACACUCGCGUUUUAGCCACGGGGUUGACGAGAGGUCGACGGUACUUCUUCCGAGCUGCAGCUGGAAACCUGAAGGGCUGGGGGGCUUAUACUGUGUCAGUGCCACGAAGCGUCGUACCUAGCAGUUGGCGCGACGUGAGCGCGCGCGCGGCGCGCGGUUCGGCGAGCGGCGCGCUGGCGGCGCUGGCGGCGGCCGCGGCCGGCGCGCGCGCCCGCGUGCCGCCCGCGCCGCCGCGUCCCGCCCGCGUCGCCCGCAAGAAGACCGCCACUAUCCGCCAGCUGUUCACGGCUGCUAGCAAGUUCCAGAAGAAUCUUAGAAGGGGCGUUUACCUGGCGUGUAUCUUAUACCAUGAGGACAAGGUAUUGGUGACAAGCGAAGAGUUCCUACCUGUCAUCGAGGUCGAUGAGACCUACCCCACUUGUAUCUACACCGACUUCCAUUGGCUCAUGAAGGUUUCCUGCGCGUGGGAUGAGGUGAAGGCGCUCCGAACGGACAUGGAGAAACACACAUCUUCCUCGAUACACUUCAGGUUGAAACUGCUCACUGCGGCUGCGCAGAUGCAAUCCGCGCUUUGCAUUCAAGAUUUAGGUCAAUUAUACCACAAGCCGCUGCGCGACUCGCACGGCACAGUCGUACUGUCUUGCGUGAACGGAGUGAAGUCAGCCAAAGCUGUGUCGGCGCUAAACUCACGCUGGACGCCGGUGUCCCGGCUCCGGAGGCGGGUGCUCAGUGACGACAACACUAUUGGAGAGCUGCUUAUGGCCUCGGUGCACGAGCAGAUUGCUUACCAUCAGGUAUCUCGAGUGCAACUGCCUCGUGGUUUAUAUCUUGGCUAUUUGAAACUCCAAUCAUCCGUAGAAGUGGUUCGAAUAGUCGCACCUGCUCGAACACCAAACGUGCCUCCUCACACCAGAGUUAGGGAAAAUCCACACGUUUCAGCUGAAGAAUGGGAUUAUUUGAAAAAUCAGUCGGGAAAAGUUUCCAAUGAGGAGGCUCCAACUAUCAACAGUCUUGUAUCAAUUAGCGCCAAUCAAGAAAAGCCAUCAGAAUCUCAAGAAAUGUUCCUAGACCACAUCGCAUGCGCAGCGAGGAGGCUAUUCAAAGAAAUGGAGAUACCUAUUGAAAGCGUCAUUGCCCACCGAAUUUAUGAUUUAGAGGUCAUAGAAUUAAACAGUGACGUCAGCUUCAUCAUGAUUUGCCCACCGGCAGAACAAGCUUGCUCAGUUCCGGGCCAAAAGGAAAUACUCUUACAAAAGGGAGAUCUGCUCAGCUUGCCGAUCCAAGCGUUUGAGAUGAUACACCUUCAAACUUAUCACACUAAUAUCCUUAUUAAAUACUCCAAACUUAGCUGUGUCUUAGAAUUAGAUGUAGCGUUAGCCGCUCAUUCUCACCGAGAAGCGUUUUCGUGUACAGAAAUGCAGACAGCCAAAGAACGAUUGACGAAAUUAGAGGAUCUUCAAAAUAAUUUGAACUCUAUAUGGAAAGCAGAGAGAUGGCUUAUGGACUUGAUUGGUUUUGCGAGAGAUAAAGAUAAAGCAAUUUCUUGUUCUGGUAUACUGCUCAAACAUAUAAUUGAUAAAACACAAAGUCAAGGCGGGGAUUGUGUUGAUAGUGAGACUAAUUAUAAAGAAUCUAACUUGAAAGUUGAGUUUCUGCAAAUACCAUCCAGAGAUGGAAAAAUUACCAAAACUUCUCCAGGACGAGGAUCAUGGCCAGGUCCAGCUGGAAAUGGAAAUCACACUAACCUACAUCCAGAAUUCAGUAAAUCUGAGCAGCAACUUAGCUUAGCACCAAGGCAAACAUCAGUGUCGACGCUUAAUUUGAGCAGUUCCCAAUACUUGAACGCUGAAUUACAAUACACCAGCAGAAAAGGCAGUGCCGACUCUCAGUAUACCCAAUCCAGCCCCGUGAGCAAUAAUUACUUAAGUAGCAACUCACAAUUUGACAUAAAGUCUGCAAGUUCCCAUACGAGUCCUGCAAACAGCCGACUACCACCUUCUCGAAGUGAAGACACCUUAGUUCUUCAAAAUGAAAAUAUUGAACCCAAACCACGCCCACACAGUAUAAAUACUAGCGUAUCAAAUACGUCAAGUCCCUUGUUAACAGUGAAAGGUUUCUACCCUGGAAGCAUGAUUAGCAUGAGAACAAAUAAAUGCAAUGUCUCUGAAUCCGCCCAGAGUCUUUCAAGUGACUCAGAAAGUCAAAGCUGUCCUAUAACAACAGUUCCUUUGAAAAUCCGUCCGCAAGGAAAGCAUUACAGGACUUCUUGUAAUGUUAUUUCAUCCAAAAGCAUGACUAACGUUAAAUCAUCAGAUGUAGAUUUUACUGAUACUGGUCAGGAGAUGUUUCCAAAGUCGAGUUUUUGCGUGAAACGGCAACCGCUUUUGGAGACGCAGGAAGAUGUGGAAUAUAACAAUAAAGUUCCGAAGACUGAUGAAAGGAGUGAUAGCGAAGAUCAUGUAAAAACAAGUGCAGAACAAAGGCCCCCUGAUCAACCUGGCAUACUCCAGGUAUUCGCUGCUUACGAAACAGGAUUGGCAGCUGGCACUUCACUGAAACUACACGUAACUCCGCGCACUUCAGCCCGCGAAGUAAUAGAUUUGGUUGUCAAACAACUCAACAUGGCUGCCGUCUUAAAAGGCAAGGCAGGCCCGGUCUAUGGUCCUGAAAAACUGCAGGAUUUCUGCCUCGUUGCUGUGAUUGGAGCCCGGGAGCGAUGCCUCAGGGAUGAUUUUAGGCCAUUGCAACUCCAAAAUCCGUGGAGAAAAGGACGGCUGUAUGUACGCCUGAAACAUGAUGUGCUAGCUGCAUUGCAGCAUUCAGCAAAGCAACCAGCUUAUAUUUAAAGACUUAGGCGUGUUGUGAUGAAAUUAUCGAAUGUACAGAGUACCUAUCAGAUAUUUUACGGUUUGAGUUAGAGAGAGAGACUAGAUACUAUACGAGUAUAUUAUUUUUGGUGCCAAUUCUAAUUAUGUUGAUGCUUUAAAUAGUUAAGUCCAAGUUGUGAGUAUUAUAGAAUUUUGAAACAGUAUUUGGUGCUUUCCACGUUGAAAUAUCGCUAUAUUUGUAACUAUGCUUAGAUCUGAGAACAGUAAUCUUUGAAUAAAUAUGCAGUUUCUCUAGUACGUCACAUAAUCCUUACUGAUUAAUGUUCAGAUAGCUUUCUCUGUCUAGUUGAAUUUAAAAUCUUGUUGUUCUCUGUAGAUCUAUUAACAUUAUUUUUCCUAGAUCAUAAGUGUUGCUGCGGAAAGUAAUCAAGUAGAGACACGAUCAAGAUUUAUGAAUGUAUUUAUCUACUUACCUACUUUAUUAUUUUAGUUUCAUUCAAAAUUUCUUUAACAAAAAUUUGAAGUGCCUGUUUUAUUUGAAACGCUGUUGAUAAAGUCAUAUCUUCGAGGAAAACAGGGUGUAAGUAACUACAAUGAAUAGUAAUGAAAUACGUAUUUAUUAUUUUCUUAAUUUUUGAAAGACUGCAGACUUAAAUGCAGAAAAAAUACAAAAAAAAUUACAGAGUUAUCUCACAUUAUAUUUCAGCGAGUGUGUAUUGUUUGCUAUAUAAUACAAUUUUAAUUAUAUAUUAACAUUAAUAUGUAAAUAUAACAUAAUAUUGUUUAGUUAAAUCAGGUACUUUUUCAUGAAGUGCGUUUUAGUAAGAUCAGAUAUACUCGUAUAUGUGUCCCUCGAGUAUUAAGUUGAUGCAAGUUUUCUAUAUACUUACCCUAAAUUGAUUUAAAAGUUUACGUCCCUCCAUACGCUAUUUUUUGUAAUAACAAACAGAUCUCUAAAGAAGUAUUCUUCUAUAAAUGUUAAUUUAUAUAGUGUAUUUUUAUACUGAUUGAUAUCAGUGUAACGGAAAGUUAUAGGUAUGAAUAUUGUAAUACUCAGAGUAAAAAAUAUGAAUAAAAAAUAUUCACAAACAAGUGUGUACAUUUCUUAGAUAAUAUUGUACAAAGUGCAGUGUAGGUACAUUAGCAAUUGAUUUUAUGUUAGUUUUUUUUUUAUAAAACUUAAAAAUAACAUUCGAGCCAUAACUAAAAAAUAUAUGCAAUUUUAAUAAUGAAGCCUAACUAAAUGUCUUAUGAUUUAAUUAUAAAAUAGUUUAUUUUAGUAAUAAUAUAUUGUGAAAUAUUCACCCUAUCCGGUGUUGUAAAUUAGAUUUUAGCGGAGUGAGAGUAUGGAGUGAUGCACAAAAUAAAUGUAUUUCAAAUUCA